AGAUUAUGGCAUCCAGUCCCAUCACUUCAUGGCAAAUAGAACGAGAAAAAAUGGAAGCAGUGACAGAUUUUAUUUUCUUGGGCUCCAAAAUCCCUGGGGACAGUGACUGCAGUUAAAAGACACUUGUUCCUUGGAAGGAAAGCUAUGACAAAUCUAGACAGCGUAUUAAAAAGCAGAGACAACACUUUACCAACAAAGGUCCAUACAGUCAAAAACUGGUUUUUCCAGUAGUCAGGUACAGAUGUGAGAGUUGGAUCAUAAAGAAGGCUAAACUCGGAAGAAUUGAUGCUUUCGAAUUGUGCUGGAGAAGACUCUCGCGAUUCCUUUGGACUGCAAGGAGAUCAAACCAGUCAAUCCUAAAGGAAAUCAACCUGAAUAUUCAUUGGAAAGACUGUUGCUGAAGCUGAAGAUCCAAUACUUUGGCCACCUGACUGGAAGAGCCUGCUCUUUGGAAAAGACCCUGGUCCUGGGAAAGACUGAAGGCAAAACGGAGAAGGGGGCGGAAGAGGAUGAGAUGGUUAGACAGUAUCACCGACUCAACGGGACAUGCAUUUGAGCAAACUAUAGGAGAUAGUGAAGGACAGCGAGGCCUGGAGUGCUGCAGUUCAUGAAGUCGCAAAGAGUCAGACACGACUUAACCGACUGAACAAUAACAAGCUUUCAAGAAAUGUACUGUGCCUUUUCUGGGACAGGACGCGGCGGCAGCUAUGGCCUUCUGCGCAUGUGCGCUCCCUCCUCCCGCUCCUCUCCCUGCUAGCCUGCAGGUUCCGGUCUGCAGCUGCAGUCUCGCGAGGAGAUGAUUCCGGAGCUUCGGGCGUCUGGACCCGACCGUUGAGCAGGACGCUUUGGUGGAGCCCUGCAGAGUUGAGACUGGCGACCGGGGGUCAGGUGAAGGAGGAAACGGCUUUGUCUUCAGACUCGGUCUGACUCUGACUCCUAGUGAGGACCAGCACGUCCCAGCGCUUGUUACCAGGUGUACUCUCUCAGCUCUCUACAUUCCUCCAGCAGCAACAGAAAAUGAUCACAUCGCAGAUUGAGCCAAAGUGUGGUUUUCUAGGGAUCAUUGUCAUUCAGGGAUGUGACUGUGGGCUUCACUCAGGAGGAGUGGCAACACCUAGACCCAGCUCAGAGGAUGCUGUACAGGGACGUGAUGCUGGAGAACUACAGCCACCUCAUCUCAGUGGGGUACUGUAUCCCUAAGCCAGAAGUGAUCCUCAAAUUGGAGCAAGGAGAGGAGCCAUGGAUAUUAGAGGAAGAGUACUCAAGGCAGAGUGUCCCAGAAUUAAUUAACAGCAGUAGAAACUAUUCAAGAAAGAAGUUUGAGUUUAACAAAAGUAGAAAAUGGUUCCAUGAUGACAAGCAUGAAAGAAUUCAUUAUGGAGAGAAGUCUUAUGAAUAUAAUAAAAAUGAGAAUGGCCUCUGUCUUAAUGAAGAGUCUGUUCAGCAUCAAAAAAUUCAAAUUUUGGAGCAGCCUUUUGAAUACAAUGAAUGUAGGAAAGCUUUCCAUGCGAAUUCACUCUUUGUUAAAUGUAAGAAACCUUACACAGGACAGAACACCUGUGAAUACACUGAAAACAGAAAAACCUGUGAUUUGUCACCUUUCAUUGCUCAAAGAACACAUCCAAAAGAGAAUCACUACGAAUUUAAUGAAUGUGGAGAAACUUUCUUUGAGGACUCCAUUCUCUUUGAACAUAGUGUUCACCCUUUGAGCCAAAAGUCAGACCUGACUCCAAUUCAAAGGACCCACUCAGUUGACAGUGUAAUUGAAUAUAAUGAAUGUGGAAGCUUUUUCAAUGAAAACUUAGUCUUUGGUGCACAACAGAGCAUGCACACCAGAGAAAAACCCUAUGAAUGUCAUGAAUGUGGAAAAACAUUUAACCAGAAGUCAGCCCACAUAAGACAUCAGAGAACCCACACAGGGGAGAAAUCCUAUGAAUGUCAUGAAUGUGGGAAAAGUUUCUACAAGAAUUCAGACCUCAUUAAACAUCAGAGAAUUCAUACAGGGGAGAAACCUUAUGAAUGUCACGAAUGUGGGAAAUCCUUCAGUGAAAAGUCAACCCUCACCCAACACCAUAGAACACACACAGGGGAGAAACCAUAUGAAUGUCAUGAAUGUGGGAAGGCCUUCUCAUUUAAGUCAGUUCUUACUGUACAUCAGAAGACACACACAGGGGAGAAGCCCUAUGAAUGUUAUGAAUGUGGGAAGGCCUUCCUAAGAAAAUCAGACCUCAUUAAACAUCAAAGAACUCACACAGGAGAAAAACCUUAUGAAUGUAGUGAAUGUGGGAAAUCUUUCUCUGAGAAGUCAACUCUCACUAAACAUUUGAGAACUCAUACAGGUGAGAAGCCCUAUGAAUGUAUUGAAUGUGGAAAAUUUUUCUGCUAUUACUCAGGUUUCACAGAACAUCAGAGGAGACACACAGGAGAGAAACCUUUUGGAUGUAAUGAAUGUGGGAAAAAUUUCCGUCAGAAGUCAGCUCUAAUUGUUCAUCAGAGAACUCAUGUAAGACAGAAACCCUAUGAAUGUAAUGAAUGUGGAAAAUCAUUCUGUGUGAAGUCAAAACUCAUUGCACAUCACAGAACACACACAGGGGAGAAACCCUAUGAAUGUAGUGUUUGCAGAAAAUCAUUUUAUGUGAAGUCAAAACUUACUGUACAUCAGAGAAUACAUUUGGGAAGAAACCCUAUAGGUAUAAUAAAUGAGGGAAAUCACUCUGGGUGAAGUCAACAGUUUAUAGAACAGAGAACACCAAAUGGGGAGAAAACUCUGUUAAGAUUUCGAGAACACCUUUGGUCUAAAGUCAGUUCUUAAAAUACAUCAGAGAACUUACAAAGGGGAGAAAAUAACGUGAAGAUAUUAAGGACAUAGAAAAAUCAGAAGAUUUUCUGCUGGAAUUAAGCUCAGAUAGAGAAGACCUAUUGGUGAAUGAAUACAGGGAACAUUCUGCCCAAAACCACACCUCAGUAAAUAUCAGAGAAAUGAAGGUAAACACUCUUAUCAGUAUUUGUAGAAAAGACUUCAUCCACAGGCCAGAGAAAAUGCACCAACUAUAGGAAAUUAUAGGAAAGCAUUUACUUUGAGGUGAUAAUUUUAUUGGAGUUGCGUGAAAUGUUUGAAGUAGCAUCUCAGUGGACAUCAGACAGUAAUUACCAGAAAAAUACUUCUGUUUUAAAUGGGCAGAAGCUCUAGGUUAAAUCUAAUCAUAAUCAGUGAAAUUUGAAGAAUGCCUGCAUUUAGACACAGCAUUUAUACAGUGUGGCCCAAUGCUCAGUGUGCUGUUCCUUCCAAUUUAGGGUAUUAGAUGUGAACUGGAAUCAAUGAUUGUAAGGAAUUCAAAUGUCUGCUGGUCCUCCUACGGGCCUCGCCACAGGUCUGCCAUGGCAGGGGCGGGGUGAGAAAGGUGUUUUGUCCACCUGCAUCAAGAGUGCUGAGUGCAGGUGAAAAAGACAGUUAGCAUGGCUGAUGUGUUGGUAACACUGGGCAGAUAAGUAAAUGUGUGGAGGAUGCUGAAAGUCAAAUUUCUCACUGUUGUUGGAAAAGGUAUCUGUUAAAAUGGAAACAGGAGAAGCUAGAAAAUGUCUUAGAGGGUUGAAUUGGACUGUAACUCAUUUUAAAUACACAGAAAUCGUUAUAUUAGUGGUUAUGUGUGUGUGUCUUUGUUUUAUGGAUAUGUCAGCUGAGAAGGCCUGAACAUAAUGACACCUCAGUAGGACUGAGCACACCAAGUACCAAGUUAUUAAUUACUAAAUACUACCCUACCAUCCCAUGAAAUUAAAAGACACUUACUCCUUGAAAGAAAAGUUAUGACCAACCUAGAUAGCAUAUUAAAAAGCAGAGACAUUACUUUGCCAACAGAGGUCCGUCUAGUCAAGGCUAUGGUUUUUCCAGUGGUCAUGUAUGGAUGUGAGAGUUGGGCUGUGAAGAAAGCUUAGCACCGAAAAAUUGAUGCUUUUGAACUGUGAUGUUGGAGAAGACUCUUGAGAGUCCCUUGGACUGCAAAGAGAUCCAACCAGUCCAUCCUGAAGGAGAUCAGUCCUGGGUGUUCAUUGGAAAGACUGAUGCUGAAGCUGAAACUCCAAUACUUUGGCCACCUCAUACGAAGAGUUGACUCAUUGGAAAAGACCCUGAUGCUGGGAGGGAUUGGGGGCAGGAGGAGACGGGGACGACAGAGGAUGAGAUGGCUGGAUGGCAUUACCGACUUGAUGGGCAUGAGUUUGAGUAAACUCUGGGAAUUUGUGAUGGACAGGGAGGCCUGGCGUGCUGCGAUUCAUGGGGUCGCAAAGAGUCAGACACUACUGGGCAACUGAACUGAACUGAACCCUACUGUCAAAAAUGGAUCACAUCUCUGGAGUAAUGCCCUAUUCUAAGUCAGUCAUGGGAGAAAUAUAGUAUGGUCUUAUCUAUUAAACAAUAAGAAAUUGUUCAAAUAAUUAUGCAGAUAUGUCAAAAGGGCAAAAGAACCACCUUGGACAGGUUUCCUUGGCCAAAUCUGAAGACAGUCUGAACAUUCAUUCAUACUGAUAUAAGUAAAUAAAUACAUAAAGGAAGGGGGAAAAAAGCUUUUCUUUAUACAGUGCCAACUAAUAAAUGUAGUAAGAAUAAUGGCGAUAGAUAAAAACACCACUGGCAGCCAUCAUACAGGUGGUUCAUUCAUUAAGUCUACUUACACAGUCUACUACUUUGUAUGUAGAAGCUUAAUGAAGAAUACUGGCAUAAUCUCUUAAGUAUUUCCCCACAAAAUACUAAUCAGGUAUACAAACUGGCAGAAUGGAUGCAAAAAUAGACCUGUAUAAGAGACCCUCUAUAGACCUAGGGACACAUACAGAUUGAAAAUCAGAGGAUGGAAAAAUACAUUCCAUUCAAACACGAAUCAAAAAGAAAGUUGGCAUAGCAAUACUCCUAUCAGAUAAAACUGACUUUAAAGAGUGUUAGAUAAGUAAGUACACUACACAAUGAUCAAGGGAGCACUCCAAGAAAGAUACAACAAUUAGGAGCAUCUCAAAACACAAAGUAAAUGCUAACAACCAUAAAAGGGGAAAUUGGCAGUAACACAAUAAUAGUGGGAGACUUUAACACCCCACUUUCAGCAAUGGACAGAUCAUCCAUACAAGAAAUAAUACAGUUUUAAAUGACACAACAGACCAGGUAGAUUUAAUUUAUAUUUACAGGACACUCCACUUGAAAGUGGCAGAGUACACUUUCUUAAGUGCACAUGAAACAUUCUCCAGAAUAAAAUCACAUCUUCGGUCCCAAAUCAAGCCCCAGAAAAUUUAAGAAAAUUGAAAUUUUACCAAGCAACUUUUCCGACCACAAUGCUAUGAGAUUAGAAAUCAAGUUACAGGAAAACUGUAAAAAACACAAACAGGGAGGCUGAACACUGCAUUGCUAAAUAACCAAGAGAUUACCAAGAAAUCAAAGAGGAAAUAAAACAUACACAGAAAUAACUUACAAUAAAAACUCAAUGAUACAAAACCUAAGUGAUGGAGCAAAAAAAGUUCUAAGACAGAAGUUUAUAAUAAUUCCAUCUCACUUCAAGAAACAAAAGUCUCAAACAAUCUAACUUCAUACCGCAACUAGAGAAAGAACAACAAAACCCAAAGUCAGUACAAAGUUCAGAGCAGAAAUGAAGAAAACAACAGCAAAGAUCAAUAAAAGCUGAUUCUUUGAAAAGAUAAAUAAAACUGAUAAACCUUUAGCCAUACUGAUCAAGGAAAAGGAGGAAAGGAUUCAAAUCAAGAAAAUUGGAAAUUAAAAAGGAUAAAUUACUACUGACACUGCAGAAAUGCAAAGGAUCAUAAGAGACUGUUACAAGCAACUAUAUGCCAAUAAAAUCAACAAUCUGGAAGAAAUGGACAAAUUCUUGGACAAGCAUAAAACUUUAUGAUUUAAACCUUUUAUGACUGAACCAGGUUAGGAUUUUCCCAGAUUGGGAAACAGACCAAUCACAAGUAAUGAAAUUGAAAGUAUAGUUAAAAAGUCUUCCAACACACAAAAGUCAAGUAACAGAUGGUUUCACAGGCAAAUUCUACCAAACAUUUAGAGAAGAGUUAACACUUGUUCUCGAAGUCUUUCCAAAAAUUGCAGAGGGAGGCACACACUACCAAAUUCAUUCUACAAGGCUGACAUCACUCUGAUACCAAAACCAGACAAAGAUAUCACAGAAAAAAGUAAAUGACAUCAAUAUCACUGAUGAACAUAGAUAUAAAAAUAUCACUGAUGAACAUGGAUAAAAAAAAUUCAGCAAAAUACUGGCAAACAGAAUCCAAUAAUACAUUCAAAGGAUCACACACCAUGAUCAAGUGAGAUUUAUUUCAGGAAUGCAAGGAUUCUUCACAAUACACACAAAUCAAUGUGCUACACUAUAUUAAAAAAUUAAAUAGAUGAAGUAAAAGCUUUUGAUAAAAUUUAAUAGAAUUUAUGAUUUUUAAAAAAGCUCUCCAGAAAAUGGCCAAAGAGGGAUACUACCUCAGCAUAAUAAAGGCCAUAGACCAAACCAACCUACAGCAAACAUCAUUCUCAAUGGUGAGAUAUUGAAAAUAUUUCCUGUAAUAUCAGGAAGAAGAUAAGGAUGUCCACUCUCACCACUCUAAUUCAACAUCGUUUUAGAAGUCCUAGCCAAAGCAAUCAAGUAAAAGAAAUGAAUCCAAAUUGGAAAAGAAGUAGAACUCACUUUCGAGAUGGCAUACUAUAUGUAGAAAAUCCUCAACAUGUUACCGGAAAAUUACCAGAGCUAAUCAAUGAGUUUGGAAAAGUUGCAAGGUACAAAAUGCAAAGAAAUCUCCUGCUUUCCUAUACAAUGAGAAUGAAAUGUUGUGAAGUAAUUAGCCUCCAACUAAUAAAAAAAUAAAUAAAUAAAUAAACAUCGUUUUAGAAGUCCUAGCCAAAGCAAUCAAGUAAAAGAAAUGAAUCCAAAUUGGAAAAGAAGUAGAACUCACUUUCCAGAUGGCAUACUAUAUGUAGAAAAUCCUCAACAUGUUACCAGAAAAUUACCAGAGCUAAUCAAUGAGUUUGGAAAAGUUGCAAGGUACAAAAUGCAAAGAAAUCUCCUGCUUUCCUAUACAAUGAGAAUGAAAUGUUGUGAAGUAAUUAGCCUCCAACUAAUAAAAAAAUAAAUUAAUUAAUUAAUUAAAAAAGAAUGAAAGAUCAGAAAGCAAAACUAUGGAAAUAAUCCCAUGUCUCAUCCCCAGAAAAGAAUAAAAUAUGUAGGAAUACAGCUCUCUAAGGAAGCAAAGGGUUUCCCUGGUGACUCGGAUGGUAAAGCGUCUGCCUGCAAUGCGGAUGACCCAGGUUCAAUCCCUGGGUCAGGAAGCUCCCCUGGAGGAGGAAAUGGCAACCCACUCCAGUACUCUUGCCUGGAAAAUUCCAUGGACUCAGGAGCCUGGUAGGCUACAGUCCAUGGGGUCACAAAGAAUCAGACACAACUGAACUACUUCACUCACUCAAGGAAGCAAAAGACCUGGACUCAGAAAACCAUUAAAAAAAAAAAAAAAAAAGUGAUGAAAGAAAUCGAAGAUGACACAAAUAGAUGGAGAGAUUAUACCAUAUUCUUGGAUUGGAAAAAUCAGUAUUGUCAAAAUGACUAUACUACCCAAAGCAAUCUAAAGAUUCGACACAAUCCCUAUCAAAUUACCACCUGAAGUUUUCACAGAACAACAAAUUUUUAAAUUUCUAUGGAAAUACAAAAGACCUCAAAUAAGAAAACGAGCUGGAGAAAUGAGGCUCUCAGACUUCAGACUAUAUUACAAAGCAACAGUAAUCAAGUCCAUAUUGGCAUUAUCACAGAACAAAUGUAAAUGAAACAGGAUUGAAAGCCCAGAGAUACAGCUAUGCACUUGUGGUCACCAAAUUUAGGACAGAGGAAGUAGAAACAUUCAAUGGAGAAAAGACGAUCUCUUAAAUGCUAAAAAAAAAAACAAAAAAAACCCACAAACAAACAAACAAACCGAAAAAAACAACUAGAUAGAUACAUGUAAAAGAAUGAACUCCCUAACACCACAAACAAAAGUAAACUCAACAUGGUUUAAAGGCCUAAAUGUAAGGUUAGGUGUUAUAAAAUUGGUAGAGAAAAAUAUAGGUAGAGCAGUUUCUGACAUAAACCACAUCAAGAUAUUUUUUGACCAACCUCCUAGAGUAAUGAAAGUAAAAACAAAAGACAAGUGUGACCAAAUUAAACUUUAUGGAAAUUAUAAACAAGAAAAACGAUAACCCUCAGAAUGGGAGAAAAUAUUUGCAAAUGAAGGAACUGACAAGGGAUUCAUCUCCAAAAUACAUGAACAGCUCAUGCAGCUCAAUAUAAAACAAAUAACCUAAUCAAAACAAGGGUGGAGGACCUAAAUAGACUUUUCUCCAAAGAAGACAUGGGCUUCCCCAAAACUGGUGCAAUGUUAAGGAAUCUGCCUGCCAAUGCAAGAGAUAUGGGUUCAGUCCCUGGGUCGUGAAGAUCCCCUAGAGGAAGAAAUGGCAACCCACUUCCAUAUGCUUUCCUGGAAAAUUCCAUGGAUAGAGAAACCUGUGGGCUCUAAUCCAUGGGGUCGCAAAAAGUUGGACAUGACUAAACACAUGUGCCAAAGAAGACAUACAGAUGGCCAAGAGGCACAUGAAAAGAUGCUCAACAUCACUAAUUAUUAGAGAAAGGCAAAUCAAAACUACAGUGGAGUAUCACCUCAUAUGGGUCAGAAUGACCAUUAUCAUAAAGUCUACAAAUUAGGUGUGGAGAAAACAGAACCCUCUUGUAGUUUUGGUAGGAAUGUAAACUGAUACAACCACUAUGGAGAGCAGUAUGGAGGUCCUUUAAAAAAAGUAAAAGUAGAACUAUUAUUUGACCCAGUAGUCCCACUACAGGGAAUAAACCCUUAGAAAACCAUAAUUCAGAAAGACACAGUGUUCACUGUGGUACUAUGUACAAUACUCAGAACACAGCAAUAAUCUAAGUGUCCAUCAACAGAUGAAAGAAUACAUGGUACAGUGGAAUGUUACUCAGCCAUAAAAGGAAACAGAAUUAGUCAUCUGGAGAGAUGUGGGUGGACCUAGAGUCUGUCAUACAUAGUGAUAUUAAGUCAGAAAAAACUAAUGUCACAUAUUAAUGUUUGUGUGUGGAAUCCAGAAAAAUUGUACAGAUGAACCUAGUUCUAGAGUAAAAAUAAAGACAUAGACAUGGAGAAUGGAUGUAUGGCCACAGGCAGGUGGAUAGUGGGAUGAAUUGGGAAGUUAGGUCUGAUAUAAAUACACUAUAAAAAUACAUAGCUAGUGAGACCUGCACAGUAUAGCACAGGGAGCUCAGCUCAUAACUCUGUGAUGACCAGGAUGGGGGAAUGGGAGGUCCAAGAGUAAGGGUAUAUAUGUAUACAUAUAGCUGAUUCACUUUGUUGUACAACAGAAAAUAACAUUGUAGAGCAAGUAUACUUCAAUUUUCUUAAGGUAAAAACAGAAUAGUUGGAAAAAUUUAAAAAUUAGGAGUGUAGACUAGAUAGACAGUAGUGUUACUUUCACACUUGGGUCUGUAGGUAAGUGUUUUCUUUGGGGAACAUACACACUCAGGUGUAUAGGGGAAAUGUUCUUUUUUCUUUUUUUGCCUGUAAACCAGGUAAUAUUUUUUUCCCAUUUAUUUUUAUUAGUUGGAGGCUAAUUACUUUACAACACUGUAGUGGUUUUUGCCAUACAUUGACAUGAAUCAGCCAUGGAUUUACAUGUGUUCCCUAUCCUGAAGCCCCCUCCCAGCUCCCUCUCCACCCCAUCCCUUUGGGUCUUCCCAGUGCACCAGCCCUGAGCACUUGUCUCAUGCAUCCAACCUGGGCUGGCGAUCUGCUUCACCCUUGAUAGUAUACUUGUUUCAGUGUUGUUCUCUCUGAACAUCCCACUCUCGCCUUCUCCCACAGAGUCCAAAAGUCUGUUCUAUACAUCUGUGUCUCUUUUUCUGUCUUGCAUAUAGGGUUGUCGUUAUCAUCUUUUUACAUUCCAUAUAUAUGCGUUAGUAUACUGUAUUGGUCUUUAUCUUUCUGGGUUACUUCACUCUGUAUAAUGGGCUCCAGUUUCAUCCAUCUCAUUAGAACUGGUUCAAAUGAAUUCUUUUUAAUGGCUGAGUAAUAUUCCAUAGUGUAUAUGUACCACAGCUUCCUUAUCCAUUCAUCUGCUGAUGGGCAUCUAGGUUGCUUCCAUGUCCUGGCUAUUAUAAACAGUGCUGAGAUGAACAUUGAGGUGCACGUGUCUCUUUCAAAUCUGGUUUCCUCGGUGUGUAUGCCCAGGAGUGGGAUUGCUGGGCCAUAUGGCAGUUCUAUUUCCAGUUUUUUAAGGAAUCUCCACACUGUUCUCCAUAGUGGCUGUUCUAGUUUGCAUUCCCACCAACAGUGUAAGUGGGUUCCCUUUUCUCCACACCCUCUCCAGCAUUUAUUGCUUGUAGACUUUUGGAUAGCAGUCAUCCUGACUGGCGUGUAAUGGUACCUCAUUGUGGUUUUGAUUUGCAUUUCUCUAAUAAUGAGUGAUGUUGGGCAUCUUUUCAUGUGUUUGUUAGCCAUCUGUAUGUCUUCUUUGGAGAAAUGUCUGUUUAGAUCUUUGGCCCAUUUUUUGAUUGGGUCAUUUAUUUUUCUGGGAUUGAGCUUCAGGAGUUGCUUGUAUAUUUUUGAGAUUAAUCCUUUGUCUGUUUCUUCAUUUGCUAUUAUUUUCUCCCAUUCUGAAGGCUGUCUUUUCACCUUGCUUAUAGUUUCCUUUGUUGUGCAAAAGCGUUUAAGUUUCAUUAGGUCCCAUUUGUUUAUUUUUGCUUUUAUUUUCAAUAUUCUUGGAGGUGGUCAUAGAGGAUCUUGCUGUGAUUUAUGUCGGAGAGUGUUUUGCCUAUGUUCUCCUCUAGGAGUUUUAUAGUUUCUGGUCUUAUAUUUAGAUCUUUAACCCAUUUUGAGUUUAUGGAAAUGAGGUUUCAUGUGCAGGUUAUUUUCAAAUAUGUUAGAAAGGAAAAAGUAAUUUGUGUAUAGAUAGAGUUCAAGCAAGUGUAAGAGGUAGAUAGAAGAAAUGCAAUUCAGAGUUGGGAAUUGCAAGUUUUUUGUACUAUGCUUGUGACUUUUUUGUAAGUUUGAAAUCAUUUUCAAGCAAAUGUUUGACAGUUUUAAGUUAAGUGACAUAGAGCCUACCACAUUACAGAAAAAGAAGUGAAGCCAUAUUAAUGUCUCAGAUACAGAAAAAUAUGAUAAAACUACACACAUUCAUGAUUUCAAAAUAGAAAUAGGAGACUUCACUAAAAACAAAAUGCUAACAUACAACAGAUAUCAUACUAAACAGAUAAAUACUGGAAUGUUUCUUCUUUAUAUUAAUAAUCAGAUAUGAAUGCUUGUUACUACCACUUCUAUUUAACACUGGACUGAAGGCUUUAGCUAGGUCCUUAAGGCCAAAUAAAAAUAAAGCAUCAAAAACUGGAAUUAAGCAAACUAAAAAGAAAAAAAUGAAUUAUUUGCAGGUGAUACCAUUGUAUACAUUAAACACGUCUCUGGGAAAAGUAUUAGUGAAUUAGCAAACUGGCUAUAUAAAAAUCAUUUUUAUAUAUAGGUAACAAAUAGAAAAUUUAAGUAAUCAUAAGGAUAAUAGCUUAUCUUUCAAUAAAAGCUCUUCAAGCCAAAAGAGAAUGGCAGGACAUACUUAAAGUGAUGAAAGAGAAAAACCUACAACCCAGACUACUGUACCCAGCAAGGAUCUUAUUCAAAUAUGAAGGACAAAUCAAAAGCUUUACAGACAAGCAAAAGCUGAGAGAAUUCAGCACCACCAAACCAGCUCUCCAACAAAUGCUAAAGGAUCUUCUCUAUACAGGAAACACAAAAAAGGUUUAUAAACGUGAACCCAAAACAACAAGGUAAAUGGCAAUGGGAUCACACUUAUCAGUAAUUACCUUAAAUGUAAACAGGCUGAGUGCCCCAACCAUAAGACAAAGACUGGCUGAAUGGAUACAAAAACAAGACCCCUAUAUAUGCUGUCUACAAGAGACCCACCUCAAACCUAGGGACACAUGCAGACUGAAAGUCAACGGCUGGAAAAAGACAUUUCAUGCAAAUGGAAACCAAAAGAAAGCAGGAGUAGCAAUACUCAGAUAAAACAGACUUUGAAAUAAAGGCGGUGAAAAGAGACAAAGAAGGACGCUACAUAAUAAUCAAAGGAUCCAUCCAAGAGGAUAUAACAAUUAUAUAUGCGCCCAACAUACAAGCACCAUGAUAUGUAAGGCUGCUGCUGCUGCUGCUAAGUCACUUCAGUCGUGUCUGAAUCUGGGUGACCCCAUAGAUGGCAGCCCACCAGGCUCCCCCAUCCUUGGGAUUCUCCAGGCAAGAACACUGGAGUGGGUUGCCAUUUCCUUCUCCAAUGCAUGAAAGUGAAGUCACUCAGUUGUGUCCAACUCUUAGCAACCCCAUGAACUGCAGCCUACCAGGCUCCUCCGUCCAUGGGAUUUUCCAGGCAAGAGUACUGGAGUGGGUUGCCAUUGCCUUCUCCAAUACAUAAGGCAAAUGCUAACAAAUAUGAAAGGAGAAAUUAACAGUAACACAAUAUUAGUGGGAGACUUUAAUAACCCACUCACACCUAUGGAUACAUCAACUAAACAGAAAAUUAACAAGGAAACACAAACUUUAAUGAUACAAUGGACCAGUUAGGCCUAAUUGAUACCUAUAUGACAUUUCACCAUAAAACUAUGAAUUUCACCUUUUUCUCAAGUGCACACAGAACCUUCUCCAGGAUAGAUCACAUCCUGGGCGUAAAUCUAGCCUUGGUAAAUUCAAAAAAAAUGAAAUCAUCUCAAGCAUCUCCUAGCUGAGAGGUUCUGGAAUGUCACUUCACCUCUCUGAGCCUGUUUGCUCCUCUACACACUAGGGUAAAGGGAGGACCAGCCCCAUGGGGUGAUUGUGGAGCCCAAGUAGGUCCUUCAUGGAAAGUGCUUUCUAGGGACCUGGCCCCAUUGAAAAGUCUGCUGGAGGGGCUGUGGUUGUGCUAAUGGAUCACUUAUUUAUUCCCCUUGAGAAAAUCUCUGCCUCAUUUGCUACUCCUUGUGGAUUUGGGUUGAGCUGUUUUCCCAUUUUAAAAGGUGAUUUGUGAUUCCAAAAAGGGUUCUGUGUCCUGGGUGAAUAAGAGCGAGGACCACUGGAGGCAAGCCGUAGAACUGCAGGCCACUCAGAUGCAUAUGAUGGGGCUGGUUGAUCUCACUCUUCAAAUAUAGAAGGCUCAUUAGAGGCAGGUGCUUUUCUGGGAACACCCAACAUUUAAUGUAUCAGGCAGACAGCAGUCCAGACCUCCAGGGCUUCCAUUCUAGUUUGGAGUCAGACAGUCACACUAGACAUCAUAACCAAUGCUGCCCUGGGAGAGCAGUGUGAAAGGAAAUGCCUGGCCUCCGACUCUGCUGCCUGCAUAACAACCUCCUGGUUCAUCUUUCCAUCCUGGGCACCUUUACCCUGAGAACUUCCACCAGCCCCAUAAUUUGCCUCCCUGAAGAUGCUGCUGGCUUACAUAAAACCCAGCAUACCUGGCUCAGACCUGGCACACCAACCCUACCUUCUCUGGGCACAACCUAAGCACCUGGAGCCACUGAGGCAAAGGAGGAUAGUGAGGAUGACUCAGGGUGGGUGAUGGGGGCAAAUGGGAUGAGAAGGGGGCUGGGCCACACAAGAGUAGAGCCUCCCAAGGCUGGAGCUGGGCCAGGAGCAGUGAGGAGGCUCAGAUCACUCUUCCCUUGGACUGUAGUCUGGGAGGACUGCCUGGUGGUGGAUGGCAUCUUGGACUGAAACUUCAGUUAUUAGCAGUGAGAAGUUUCCUGAGACGUGUGGAAAAGCAGUCCUAUUGAUGACAUUUUCUAUUCUUGGAGCUACAGCACCAACUCCAGAACAAACUCUGAAAACAUCUCAAGAUCUAGAGUCUCUACUGCCCACUGUAGCACCAGAGCAAGUUCAAGCCACAGCUCCCACUCAGGUUCAAGAGCCAGAACAUGCAACACUGCCAGUUCCUCAGCUAAAACUAAAGAACGGUCAUGCCCUAGCUCUCAUUUAAGCUACAGCUUAUCAACCUGUUUCCAAGAUCUAUUGCAGUGAUUUACAACAGAACAAACAAGCCAGGAAACUAAUGAAAACCCAGUAUGGCCCAUCUGCCCCCAAUGGAAAUAUUAAUGAUCCAAAGGUCUAAGAUCUAUAUUAUAUCCAUAGAUUUUUAUAAUAUACUUUAUAUAACUAUCCAAAGAAUACUUUCAUCUUUGAAUAAGAGAACAGAAUUUCAGAAAAUACACAAUCUGCAUCAGUGAAAACAAUUUUUUCUUUAGUCUUUCUCUUGGUAUCCAAGGUCAAGACCCAUAACGGUGGAGACAAUGUGUGCUUUCCCACAGUCAGAAUGAGUUCGCUAGGACACCUUCUCUCUCUUGAUUUCUCUUACCAUCAAACCAGCCAGUUGCUGUAUCAGACUUUUUGUCUCUAUCUCUACUCCCUCUUUCUACCUGUCUCUGUCUGUUUUCCUCUCUUUCAGCUUCAGUCUCCAUUUCUCUCUCCUCUUAUUCUUACUUGUUCUGGUUUGGUUUUUUGCCUCACUUAGGCCUGAAUAAUGUUUCUCUGUCUCUCUUCAGUCACCUCAGGCAGUACUGUUUCAUAACACACAAGACAUUGGGGCAAGUGCCCCUGUCAAAAAUUCACUAAACCCAGAUAACAAUAAUUAAAAAUCCAUGCUGCCUGGGAAAUAUUCAUCUACAGUUAGUUGCAUCUUAGUGGAUACAGGCCACAGUCCGUUCUAGGUCAGGACACUCUGAUGUACCUGAUCCCCAUCUUUGAAAUGUGUGCCACUGACUUCAGUAGUGAAACAAUAUCCUUGCUUCCUCACUACUGAAGACCAAAGAACAAUGUGUGUUCAUUUUUCCAGUAAUUUCUGAACAUUGUGUGUGGAUAGUUUGAUAAACCAAGAAAAAAUUUCUGGGGAAAGACAGUCAAUCUUUGUUGAUAUGCUGUACCAUCCCAGGCCUUGUGCUCAAACACUAUUUUCUUUAAUUACUCCUUUCUUACCUGAUCAGAGAGGAAGUCUUCAGCACAGACAGUUCUCUGAAGGCAAGCGAUAAAGGACCAAACUCCAUGGCACAACCAAGCCUCAUGUUUCAUUGUUGCAUGAGCUUUUCUUUCUCACCAUCCUCUGGAAUGGGCCUAUAGCCACUCAGCUCACUCUGGCCAUGUUUUCCCAAGGGAUGAACAACCGUUGCCAAGACUGGAGUCACUCUUGUCUCAAGCACCUGAAAAGAAGCACCUCUCUCUAGCAUGUCCUCAAAACUGAGGUCCUUGUAGCAGACCACAUGUUGGGCAUUCAACCUAUGAGAAAACUCUCAUCUCAGACCCCUUUUCUAGUACGUCACUUUCACGUGUUGGCUGUUUAUACUUAAUUCUUCACAUUGCAUGACACCAUCAGGCUAACACUUACAAGCAAAUUUCCAGACCUAAAAGACUGACUCCAGAUUUCUUAGCCCAGACUGCUUCUGGACGUGGACAGAGAAUGAAUAAAAACAUUCUAAUUUACCUGAAUUCUGCUUUCUAGAAUGCCAAGUUCUCA